AUGGACAACACAAUAAACUUUGACAUCAACGAUGCGCUCAAAUAUCUGAACGAUCCCGCGAGCAUACCUACACCUGAGGCCGACAGCGCUCUGUUCGACUGCGAGAAUGACCCAGAUUCACUCACAAACGCCGUCAUAAAUCCCGUCCUAAACCCCAUUGUCGAUGCCAUCGCAGAAAACCCCGAGGCCAUAACACGCAGCGCUCACUUUGACUCGCUGCAGUUUCUUUUAAAAUAUACCGCAUUCUUGCCUGCGCAUGCUCUCAGCAAGAUCUUCGAUGUGAUCACAUCAGGGCUCGCCGCCGAGGCAGAGGCAGUGGCGCAUGACCUCGAAUCCGACGAGCAGGACCUGAUAGCGCAUCACAAACAGCUCUUAGGCAUUUAUAGCUUUCUGAUGCAAUGGACCAUCGCAUGUGUCGAGACAAAGGCGGCCGAGAAGUCAUCAGCAGCCCCCACAGCACGAAGAGGCGCAAAGCCCAAGGGCAAAAAGGCGGCCACGGCGGGUGCCGAGGAUGGCAAUUGGGACUCGGCGAUGCAGCUACAGACUGCGCUUGACACCAUGUGCAAGGUCCUACGCUUGAAGCUGGCCAAGAUCUUCCUGACAACUUCGGAGCGCGACACCUUUAUUGGAUUGGUCUGUCGGCCGGUUUAUCUGAUCUUGGAGAGCGAGCAGAGAGUCAAGAACACACCCAUCAGGAUGCACGCGUUCAAAGUCCUCUGCAUGGCUGUCAAGCAUCAUGGCCAUGGUUACGACUCGGUCGUGCUAACUGUGGCCUGUGCCUGUGCAGCCGCGCAAACUGCUGUUGUUCAGAAUUUGACCUAUUUUGAGCAUCUCUCGGAGCCCAUGGCCGAGUUUUUACAAAUUCUUUCCGAACAGUACGACUAUGAACAGCUCGCGGCUGAGAUCAUGGUAGAGUUGAGUGGAAAGGAGUUCAGCAGCAACGAUACCAAGGGACCCAAGUCGGUAUCAACAUUCAUCACAAAGCUGUCAGAGCUUGCGCCGAGGCUGGUUAUUAAGCAAGUCUCCCAGCUCAUUAAGCAAAUGGACAGUGAGUCCUACACUUUGCGCUGCGCUCUUAUUGAGGUUUGCGGCAAUAUGAUUGCCUACCUUAGUAGACUGGACGAAAAAGGAGAAAACCACAAAACCCAGCUGGAUGCCUUUUUCGGUAUCCUGCAGGAGCGAUUUCUCGAUGUCAAUCCCUACUGCAGGUGCAGAACGAUACAGGUUUACGUGAGGCUGUGUGACUUGGAGCACAAGUUCCCCAAGAGAAGGCAAAAGGUUGCUGAGCUUGCAUGUCAGAGUCUUGAGGACAAGAGCAGCAACGUGAGGAGGAACGCCAUCAAACUUCUCGGUUGUCUGAUCAAGACGCACCCAUUUUCAGCCGUUCACGGAGCCCAGCUCAACCGCUCGGAAUGGCAGGCAAGGUUGGACCAAGUCGAUGCCGAGUUGAACGCCUUGAAGCCUCCCGUAGAUGCGCCUGGACUUGAUGGUGCCAACACAACCGUGGAUACAGCCCUUCUGGAUGAUGCCACAGAGAUUCACUCGCCGCAGAAACAACAUCCGUCUCAGAUGACCGACGAGGAGAAGAUUGCAGCCAUACGAAAGGCCCAAGAGGAGGCCGCGACAGCCGAGGCAAUCAAUAAUCUGACUUUGAAGAAGAAAUACUACACCGAGGCGCUUCGUUUUAUCUCGGUGAUACACGAAGCUACGGGUACAAUUUGCCAACUUCUUGGCUCCAAGAACAAGAGCGAAGUUAUCGAGGCCAUAGAUUUCUUUGAAAUUGGCGACGCAUACAACAUCGAGCAGAACAAGGUGGGCAUCAGACGUAUGCUGCGACUCAUCUGGACCAAGGGCAACAGCGAUGAGGGCAAGGGUGUGCAGUCGCAUCUUAUCGACUGCUACAAGCGACUAUUCUUCGAGGCCCCUGGCUCGUUCAGCCCCAACGACGCAGCCAACUACAUUGCCCGUAACAUGAUCAGCUUGACGUUUGGUGCCACUCCUGCUGAGCUCACCUCACUUGAGCAACUGCUGGCCACCAUGAUGAAGGGCGGGAUGAUCCACGACAUCGUCAUUCACAAGCUGUGGCAGGUCUAUGGCGUACAAAAGCGCGAGAUUUCACGAACCCAGCGUCGCGGCGCCAUCAUCGUUCUCGGCAUGCUAGCCACUGCCAACCCGGAGAUCGUGGUAGGGGAGAUGGAAGCGAUGUUGCGCACGGGUCUUGGCUCCCUGGGCCGGUCGGAUCUACAACUUGCCAAAUUCACCUGUGUGGCACUCCGUCGCAUCAACCCGACCGGACGCCAGGCCAAGGACUCUCCCGUAAAAUUCUCACGGCUGCCUAAUGAUCAUGCUGUGCUCGCUCGCUUGGCCGCCAUCACAGACGUGCAUUCGGACAGCAAGGAGUGGUUCGGUGUUGCGGAGCAAGCAAUCAACGCCAUAUACGCCAUCUCGAAACACCCAGAUGUUCUAUGCUCCGAGAUAAUCCGCCACAAGACAAAGCAAGUCUUUGGUCCCAGAUCACGUCCGUCGUCGCGGGAUGAAAACGCCGCGCCACAGCCUACGCAAUCUGAUUCAGGAACCGCGGAAGAUGUUGCAGAGGGUACACCUGCUGCCCCUGCCAAGCCCAAGCGUGACAAUGCUAUUGAACUCUCCCAGCUGCUGUUCAUUGUCGGACACGUAGCUAUCAAGCAGAUUGUGCAUCUUGAGGCAUGCGAACUCGACUUCAAGCGCCGCAAGCAAGAAAAGGAAAAGAGCGCAGCGGCGGCCAAGGAGGCCGAGGAGGCCGAGGCCAGGCGUUCCAGCAAGGCCAGGACCUCCACUGCCACCGCAGGCGGAAAGGACAAGUCAAAGGAGGAACCUGCUGACGAGCUGGACCUGAUUGGCGGAACCACCGAGGAUGACUUUACAGAGGCGAUGCAGCAUAUUCGCGAGCGUGAGCUUCUUUACGGCCCCGAGAGCUUACUGGCUCUUUUCGGACCUCUGGUGAGCGAGAUCUGCGCCAACAACACGACAUAUCGCAACCGCGGUCUCCAAGCUGCUGCAACUCUUUGUCUGGCAAAACUCAUGUGCGUGUCGGCAGAGUACUGCGAGGCCAACCUCCCUCUCCUCAUUACAAUCAUGGAGCGGUCGUCAGACGCUACAGUGCGCAGCAACGCCGUCAUCGCCCUUGGUGACAUGGCUGUCUGCUUCAACCACCUAAUCGACGAGAACACAGACUUCUUGUACCGUCGUCUGGCUGACCCUGAGCCUUCGGUCAAACGAACCUGUCUUAUGACGCUGACCUUCCUGAUCCUGGCCGGUCAGGUCAAGGUCAAAGGCCAACUGGGAGAGAUGGCAAAGUGCCUCGAGGACGAGGACAAGCGCAUCGCGGACCUGGCGCGCAUGUUCUUCACGGAGCUGUCGACCAAGGAUAACGCCGUCUACAACCACUUUGUCGACAUGUUCAGCCUGCUCAGCGCCGAAGCGGCUUUGGACGAGGAGAGCUUCCGGCGUAUCAUCAAGUUCCUGCUGGGCUUUGUGGAGAAGGACAAGCACGCCAAGCAGCUUGCCGAGAAGCUCGCUGCUCGCUUGGCCCGCUGCGACACGGAGCGGCAAUGGAACGACGUUGCCUUUGCCCUGGGUCUGCUGCAGCACAAGAACGAGGAAAUUUCCAAGCAAGUGUCGGAAGGGUUCAAGCUCAUCCAGUCAUCUGCAUAA